UCUUGAUUAAUCUUUUUUUUUUUAGAUGUAUCUCCACACUAUGUUUAUGUAGAAAAACAGAUGAACUGGACCGAUGCUCAAAAGUACUGCAGGGCAAACUACAUAGAUCUGGCCAGUGUGAGAAGUGAAUCUGAGAAUGAGGUCAUUUCACAGCUCGUGACAGAUUACUAUGCAUGGAUCGGCUUGUACAAAGAGUCUUGGAGGUGGUCAGACGGUCAGCGCCUAAAGAUGACUUCAUUCAGCAAAUGGAAUCCCAGUCAAUCAGUAACAGUGGAAAACUCAUGUGUGACUACAACAAGCAGCGUAUGGAAUAUAAGACCCUGUUCCAGCACAUAUCCCUUCAUCUGUAGGGGAGCCCUGCACAAGAAGGUGGUGAAAAUCAUCUUGUCCAAAUCAUCCUCCUCGUUGGACCUGGAAAAAGCACAGGAUGCCAUUUUACAGCAGCUUCACAACAAACUGCAGGGCUAUGGACUUGGAGAAGUCAAACUGAGGUGGAUAAAGCAGUCUGAUGGAAAGACGUUCCACUUGAAGAAAAAAGACAAAAAAUAAAAUUUAUGAGUUCAACUUUUGCCUUAAACUUUAGUUUAACUUAAUUAUUGCUUCAUAAUAUUUAGCUUUACAAAUAAUCUCUGAAGAUGAUUACCAAUAAUACUAGUAACAUUUAACAUUUGCAGCUGUUGAUUUAUUGCAGCUGUUGUUAGAUAAUGCUGUGGUUGACUUGAGGUAAAAGGGUGUUAUGUUCAAACUGAUCUCUUUGUGUGAUUUUUAAUAAUUUUUCUGGAAUGUAUCCUCUGCCCCUGUUUUCUCUGAUCUAUGAGAUAAACAAGUUGUUUCUGUCCAUAUAGCUGUGUUCACCAUAUAUUCAUCUAUUCAUAACAUUCUCUGUAAACCUGAUUGGAAAAUUAUGCAUGACCAGUGUGGUGGGAAA